AUGUGUAAUUCCUGUAUGUCACUUAUUGCAUAUAAAUGCUCAACGGGUACUGGUGGUAUGCAGAAGCAUAUUGAGUGUUGUCCUAAGUCUUCUUCAAAUGUUGAACGUGGUGAAAAUAAAAUUACAUCAUAUUUUAAUCUUACAAAAAAUAAAUUAAACUUUGUUCCUCGAGAAUUAAAAGAUGCAUUAACAGAUGCAUUAACUGAAUUUAUUAUUUUUGAUAGUCGUCCAUUUGAAACGGUAAAUGGUGAAGGUUUUACUGAUCUUAUCAAUACUGCAAUAUCUAUUGGUCGUCGUUUACUUGAUUCAUCAACAGUUUCAGCUUCUGACUUGCUUGCUGAUCCACGGACACACCAAUCAUUUUUACUUGCUUGUCGUGCUUAUGAUUUAGAAAAUCAAACAAGUCCUAAUGUACGAAAAUUUGUUAAUGCUAUUCUAGAAGAAUUUGGUCUUGUAUUUGAUUCAUCAUCGUUCAUUGUCUCAGACAAUGAAAGCAAAAUGAAGGCUGCUUUUCACGAUGUGAACCGCAUCGGUUGUUCGAUACAUUACAUUAACAAAAUUAUGGAAAAAACUUUUACUGAUACAAAAAAUGAUGAUUUAAAAGAAUAUCAAGAUUUAUUUAUGCAUGUGAAACAAAUUGUGGAACAUGUUCGACGUUGCCAUAAACAGAAUAAACUCAGUAAGAAGUUACAGGUAUACAGUAAAACAAAAUUUAAUGGAGCAUUUCAUAUGUUCAAUGUAUUUAAUGAAAUAUUUGAUGAAAUUCCUCGUGCACUUGAUACAAAAUUUCUUCUUACAUAUUCGAUUAUCAAUCGACAAAGUUUACAAGAAAUAUGUGAUUUCAUUAGUACAUUCGAUGAAGUUAUCGAGAAAUUAAGCGAUAGUGCACGACCGACAUUACAUCGAGUAAUACCACUUCGUCAACAUUUAAUUGAUCACUGUUUUGACAAUGAUGAUGAUAACCUUAUUCAUAUGAAAAAAUUUAUAGAAUACCAAUUAUUAACAACAUGGACACCACAAGACGCCCAUCUUCUUGCUACUAUAGUACAUCCUCAGCUAAAGCAUUUUGACAAAUUUCUUUCUUAUAAACAAAGGGCAAGUGAAUUACUUCAAGCUGAAAUUAAACGACGUGUACAAAAAAAUCAAUCAUUAUCAUCACCAUCUACAUCAUUAUUUACAUUAUCAUCUACAUCAUCAUCCACAUCAUCAUCUACAUCAUCAUCCACAUCAUCAUCCACAUCAUCAUCCACAUCAUCAUCUACAUCAUUAUCAUCCACAUUAUCAUCCAUAUCAUUAUCUACAUCAUCAUCAACAUCAACAUCAUUGUCACCGUCAUUAAAUAUAUUUGAAUCACUCUCUUGUACGACAGGUGAUGUAAAUAUUACCACAUCAUUAUCUACACAAGGAAAUUUUACAAAAAAAAAACAAAAAGGUGUUUUAUCAUUGUGUUACGAUAAACCUAGGUCUUCAACAAUAUCUAUUGAUGAAUUUGACUCAUGGAUGUCAUCCACGUUGACGCUAAACGAUAGUGAAGGUGAUAAUAUUCUUGAGUUUUGGUCUCAGCAUCAAAACUUAUUCCCUACUAUUGCUGCUAUUGCACGAGAUGUUCUAUCAAUACCUGCAUCAAAUACUAGUGUUGAACGUUUGUUCUCUAAAUCAAAAUCUUUGAUUACAGAGAAACGAACUAAUUUGGCAGUAGAAAAAAUCGAUCGUUUAUUAUUUUUAAAACAAAAUCUUAACAUGCUGAAGAACAUAUGCGACAAAUAUUCACAUGAAGGUGAACCACAUCGAAUGAAACGUAAAGAAAAUGAACAAGCAAGCGAAUUAAUUCAUAAUAAUUCGAAAAAAACAAAAGCAAAUGAAAUUGAUUUAAAUAUUAAUGAUAAAGAAAACUAUGUUCUUAACUAA